AUGGCGCUGAAGGCAAGGGUGUUGUACGACUUCCACUCGGAGAACCCUGGGGAGAUCUCCAUUAGUGAGAAUGAGCUGGUGAGCUUGUUCAGCGAGGAGGAGCUGGAGGGCUGGUUGGAGGGGAAGAACAGCAGGGGGGACGUUGGCCUUAUUCCAGCCUCCUACGUGGAGAUCAUCAGGGACCACAUCACCUCCAACAAUAACAACAAUGGUUUCUCCUCAUCCAAAGUUGGGACCACAACCCAGGCCACUUACUCUCAGCGAGGACCCGAAGCGGGGAGUGUCGGCAGCGGUGGUGGGGGUAGCUUCCACACCAGCCAAGGCAGCGAUGACGACUGGGACGAUGACUGGGAUGACAAUUCUCCAGCCACGGAGGCCCCACGGGGUCUGGGCACCUCACCCCCUUCUUUGUACCCGGUGACCACCUCCCUGCCGGCUAGGCGCAGUAGCUCUCUGCAACCUCAGGCCAAGAGCUCGGCCACGGUGGGGAGGAACUUGAACAGGUUCUCCACCUUUGUCAAGUCUGGAGGAGAGGCCUUCCUUCUUGGAGAGGCAGCUGCUUUUGUCAAAGACGGGGACCGGAUCUGUGUAGUGAUGGGCAAGCAUGGACCCGAAUGGCAGGAGGACCCUUACCCCUUCACUUGCACCAUUGAUGACCCAACCAAGCAGACUAAGUUCAAAGGCAUGAAGAGCUACAUGUCCUAUGGCCUGACGCCCACUCACACCAAUGUUCAAGUCAACCGAAGAUACAAACACUUCGAUUGGCUGUACGCUCGACUGGUGGAGCGUUUCCCAGUUAUCUCGGUGCCACAUCUGCCGGAGAAGCAGGCCACUGGUCGCUUUGAGGAGGACUUCAUCUCCAAGCGAAGGAAAGGACUUAUUUGGUGGAUGAACCACAUGACCAGCCACCCGGUGUUGGCCCGCUGUGACGUUUUCCAGCAUUUCCUCACGUGUGGAGCAGAUGAAAAAGCAUGGAAACAGGGCAAAAGGAAGGCAGAGAGGGAUGAACUUGUCGGAGCUAACUUUUUCCUCACAAUCAGCACACCCACUGUCCCGCUCGACCUUCAGGAAGUGGAGAGCAAAAUCGAAGGCUUCAAGACCUUCACGAAAAAGAUGGACGAGAACAUUGUGGUUGUAAACACCACCAUCAAUGACUUUGCACGCAAGCAGAUGUCGGGAUUCAAAAAGGAGUAUCACAAAGUCGGACAGUCCUUCAAACUUCUCUCGCAGGCAUUCGAGCUGGACCAGCAGGCCUACUCAGGAGGUCUGAAUAAAGCCAUCUCUUAUACUGGUGACGCCUAUGAGGCCAUAGGGGAUUAUUUUGCAGAUCAGCCACGCCAGGAUCUUGACCCAAUUUCUGAUCUGCUGGAUCUCUACAGAGGACACCUGUCCAACUUUCCUGACAUCAUCCAUGUGCAGAAAGGUGCGCUGACCAAGGUGAAGGACUGUCCCACACAGGAAGGUGAACUCCACGACCGCUGCAACAUCAUCUCGUGCGCCACGCUGGCCGAGAUCCAGCACUUUCACCGCACGCGUGUGCGAGACUUUCGAGCACAGAUGCAGCACCACCUCCGAGAGCAGAUCGGCUUCUUCCAAAAAAUUACGUCCAAGUUGGAAGACGCACUUCAGAGGUAUGACAGCGAGCAGUAG